AUGUGCUUUGAUUGCUCAGAUCCUUUUCUCAAGUACAUACGCUUUUCUGUUCUCCUGGCUGGACUCUCCAUCCCCUUGCUUUGCAAACGGCAACAAGCCAUACGGGUUGAAUUCUCAUUACUACCUUUGCACACCACCAUGACUACCCCCACUCAAAUGAUGCCCGUCUACUUUCUCGGCAUCGGCGGGCCCAACUUCAUGGAGAACACCCACCACCCUGCCUACGCCCAGCUCACAUCGGUCGGCAACGAAAUCACCACGCGCGUCAAGCCAAAAGCCAUAGUCGUCUUCUCUGCGCACUGGCAGGGCGGCCAUACCAGCAUUGCCAUCAAUGCAGCUGAGGAAACGGACAUCAUCUAUGACUUCUACGGCUUCCCGAAACAUUACUACGAGUUCAAGUACCCCAGCAAGGGCAGUCCUGAGCUCGCGGACAAAGUCGCGACUCUGCUAGAGAAGAGCGGCGUCAAGAUUGAGAAAGUGAAGCGGGGGCUGGACCACGGCGUGUGGGUCAGGUUUGCAGCUGCCUUCGAUCCAAAGAAGAACCCACUGCACGUCCCAAUCGUACAACACUACCGUCUGGGACAAGCGCUGCAAAGUCUGCGUCAGGAAGGCAUACUGAUUGUUGGUGCAGGUAUGGCGGUGCACAACCUGUACGAUUUCCGCGCCACCAGAGGGACGGGGAGAACUAUGCCGUACGUUUUCACAUUCGACGACGCACUCAAGGAAGCUGCGACCACGCUGCCAGAGGACCGAGAGGCCAAAAUGGCGGGAUUGUUGAACCGUGAGGAUGCGAGAAAGGCUGCCCCUACAUUAGAGCAUCUGCUUCCAAUGUAUGUUGUUGCCGGGGCCGCGAAUAAUGAUACUGGGGAGCGGCUGUGGACGCUUACAGAGGGGAGCUUGAGCUGGGCGCAGUAUCGCUUUGGAAAGGUUCCUGGGGCCUGA